GGCAAAGGCAAAUUAAGCCAUGAGGAGGAUGAUAGGAUUGCUGGUCUUGAGUUUGGUGGCGAAUACUGGAAGCUCCUCCGGGCCUUCUCCGCCACCUCUGGCGGCGUGCUACAGCGAGCGGCCAACCUUCUGCUCGUCUUGUGGAGCCGGGACUGUUACACAACUUGGUGGCCUCCAAACUUAUCUCACCGGACCACCCCAUUCCAAAAAUGCAAUUCUUAUGAUCUCUGAUAUUUAUGGGAAUGAACCUCCGAUUUUCAGAAGCGUUGCAGACAAAAUUUCAGGUGCUGGGUUCCUAGUUGUGGCUCCUGAUUUCUUCCAUGGUGACUCUGCUAACCCAGGCAACCCUAAAUAUGAUAAAGCCGCUUGGAAGCUAAAUCAUACAGCGGAAAAAGGAUAUGAAGAUGCCAAAUCAGUAAUUGAUGCUUUGAAACAAAAUGGCAUAUCUGCCAUUGGGGUAGCCGGGUUUUGCUGGGGAGGAAAGGUAGCCGUGAAGCUGGCAAGUACGGGAGAAGCUCAGGCUGCAGUUCUGUUGCAUCCUAGUAAUGUCACUGCUGAGGAGAUGAAAGCGGUUGAAGUCCCAAUAGCUGUUUUGGGAGCUGAACGUGAUAAUGGUUUGCCAGUAGCACAGAUGACACUAUUUAAUGAGAUUUUAUCAUCUCCUGAGCAUAAGAUUGAUCACCUAGUGAAGAUGUACCCCCGUGUUUGUCAUGGAUGGACCAUUAGGUACUUUGUCAAUAAUACUUUUGCUGUCAAUAGCGCAGCAGAGGCGCAUCAAGACAUGAUAAACUGGUUUGACGACCACGUGUCCAGGUCAAAUAAGUGUAUGUAAAACAACGAACCUUCCAAAGGCAAAUAAAUCCAAUGACUGCUGCUUCUUAUUUGUACUGUUAUGAUGAUAGAUCUUUGUUACUCAUAUACACAGUAGCUAACUAGUAUCAGUCUUAUCAUCAGCU